AUGGGCAGCGGCGCGAGGGCGAGGGCGCGGUCGUUCCGCCCGAAGGACGGCGGCGCUCGCGUCGAGAACGCCGCCGCGCGCGAAGGCGGCGACCGCGCGGCGGAGGGAACGCGGAGGACGCCGUCGUCGUUCGCGGAAGCGGCGGAUCUCGCGAAGAAUGUUGACGACGACGCGCGCCGCGACCGCGGCGACGUCGCGGCGGCGGCGGCGGGGGCGGCGACGGCGGCGGGAUCGCCCGACCGGCGCGACGCGCGCCGCGGCGGUCGAUGCGACGCGUGCGUCGCGUGCGACGAUCGGUGCCGCGUCCCCGGGUGCGCCUCGUGCGGCGGACCGGUCGCGAACGCGCGCGCGGACCUCGAGAGCGGCGACGGCGGCGGCGACGACGACGACGCGGGAGGAGGCGCCGGGGAGAACGGCGGCGGCGGCGGCGGCGACGGAUGGCGGCGACGCGUCCGCGAAGCGAUCGACGCCGCCGCCGACGCCGCCGCGGACGCGACCAGAGCGGGCUGGGGCCGCCGCGACGCCGCCGCCGCCUCGGAGACCGCCGCGACCGCGAGAGACGAACGCGAACGCGUCGCCGCCGCGCGAACGUUCACGUGCUGCCAGGUGAACCGACACCGGGACAACGCGUCGAUGUGGCUCGUCGCGAACGGGGACGUGUUUGACGUCACCGAUUUCCUCCUCGGCGGCGGGCACCCGGUCGGGCCGCGGCCGGUGCUCAGAGGGAGGGACCGGGAUAACACGGAGGACGCGGAGAUGCACAGUGCGAAGGCGCGGCGGGCGUGGAGGAAGCUGAAGAUCGGGACGCUCGCGCGGUGUCCGAAGCGGGGGUUCGGGGGGUUCAAGCCGCCGCGACGCGAGGGCGCGGCGUUCGGGAACUGCGCGGUGUCGUGA